AUGCUCGUUCUCUACGAAACGUCUCUGGGUUACUGUCUCUUCAAGCUCACGGAUUCGGCGAAAAUCUCGAGUGACGAUGUUUGGCAGGAUUUCGAGACACCGGAGAAAGCCAAUAAACUCCUCAAACUCAAGUCUUUGCAUCGGUUUACUUCUACUGCGACGGCAGUAGAGGAUAUUACUGCUCUGCAGGAGGGAAAACUUGGCAAAGGUCUCAAACAGUUUUUGUCAGAUGAGAUUAUUGGAAAAGGGAAGGGAAAGGACACUCUAGCGGUCUUUGACGCGAAGCUUGCUCGCUCUAUCAAUAAGAAGCUUGGGAUCAAUGUCGUCGCAGACAGUUCAAUGGAUCUCUUUCGUGGAAUACGCAGUCAAUUAGCUGCGCUCCUGGACGGGUUGGAUCCUAAAGACUUGGCGACUAUGAGCUUGGGUCUCAGUCAUUCAUUAUCGCGCUUCAAGCUGAAAUUCUCCCCUGACAAAGUCGACACUAUGGUCGUACAAGCUAUAGCAUUGCUAGACGAUCUCGACAAGGAAAUUAACAUCUAUGCUAUGCGUGUCAAAGAAUGGUAUGGUUGGCAUUUCCCAGAACUCGCGAAAAUCAUCGUGGACAACCAAGCAUAUGCCAAGGUCAUCAAGGCGAUGGGAUUCCGUACAAAUGCCGCUACGACUGACUUUGCUGCAAUCCUUCCUGAGGACCUCGAGGCUACUCUGAAGGCAGCAGCUGAAAUCUCCAUGGGCACAGAGAUAUCAGACUCUGAUAUUGCGCACAUCAACUCUCUUUGUGAUCAGGUUAUUGCAAUCACAGCAUACCGAACGCAGCUCGCAGAAUAUCUUCGAAAUCGCAUGAAUGCCAUUGCACCUAACUUAACCGCUCUCGUUGGCGAGCUGGUUGGCGCUCGACUGAUCAGCCAUGCAGGCAGUCUGCUCAGCCUUGCCAAGCACCCCGCAAGUACUGUCCAGAUCCUCGGUGCUGAGAAAGCACUGUUCCGAGCACUCAAAACAAAGCAUGACACACCAAAAUAUGGUCUGAUUUAUCACGCAUCUUUAAUCGGACAAGCGCCACCAAAAUUGAAGGGAAAGAUGGCUCGUAUGGUUGCUACGAAGGCUGCAUUAUCAAUACGUGUUGACGCGCUCACUGACGCGGAUGGCAAGUCGGAGUCGCAAGCCCCGUCAAUAGGCCUCGAGAACCGCGCGAAGCUGGAGGCACGACUACGUAGCCUUGAGCAGCAGGGCGAGGCCUCCGGCCUAAGGUCAGCGAUGUCUGGCCGGAAUCAGCAGCGAUUCCAAAUGUCAGGGGAGACGAAGACGUAUAAUACUGCUGCGGAUUCUGUUGAUUUCGUCUCGACUCAGCGAGAACCUAUGGAGCUGGCGGUGCAAGCAGUCAUGGAUGUGAAGGCUGAAAAAAAGAAGGCGAAGGAGGAGCGGAGGGCGAAAAAGAGGGCGGAUAAGGAAGCCAAAACAGAGGAGCAAGAUGAAGCAGACCAUAAGAUGGAAGUUGAUGGUGAAGAGGAGAGCAAGGAGAAGAAACGGAAGCGGAGGGAGAGUGAAGCCAACGGUGACGGCGCCAAAGACUCGAAGAUCACCGAAGAGACGGAGGCAGAGCGCAAAGCAAAGAAAAAGGCUCGCAAAGCUGAGAAAGCUGCUUCUACCGCUGCCGAAGCUGAAGGCGAGUCGACAAAAAAGAAACGGAAGAAGUCCGAGGCAUGA